CAAACGUCGGGAACCACGCAGGCUCUGCGCGCAUGCGGGGUCUGUGCAUGUCCGCCACCAUGGCGCCUGUGGUGGAGCACGUUGUGGCUGACGCCGGCGCUUUCCUGCGGGACGCGCCACUGCAGGACAUCGGAAAAAACAUCUACACUCUCCGGGAGGUGGUCCGAGAGAUCCGGGACAGGGCCACGCGCAGGCGCCUGGCAGUGCUGCCCUACGAGCUGCGGUUCAAGGAGCCCUUCCCGGAGUACGUGCGCCUGGUGACUGAGUUUUCCAAGAAAACUGGAGACUAUCCCAGCCUCUCUGCCACAGACAUCCAAGUGCUGGCUCUGACUUACCAAUUAGAAGCAGAAUUCGUUGGGGUGUCUCAUCUAAAACAAGAACCAGAAAAGGUUAAGGUGAGCGCUUCGAUUGAGCACCCUGAAACUCCUCUUCACAUCUCUGGUUUCCACCUGCCCUCCAAGCCUAAACCCUCACAUGGAACAGUGGAUCAUGGCCACCCAGCUGAUGGGCCUGAGAACCUGGAAUUCAGCUCCUUCAUGUUCUGGAGAAACCCUCUGCCUAACAUUGAUCAUGAACUGCAGGAGCUGCUGAUUGACAGAAGGAAAGAGGAGGAAGAGGAGGAGGAGGAGGAGGAGGAAUUUGAAGACAGUGAUGACGAUGGGGGUGGGUGGAUAACCCCCAGCAACAUCAAGCAGAUUCAGCAGGAGUUGGAGCAGUGUGACAUCCCAAAGGAUGUACGGGUUGGCUGUGUGACCACAGACUUCGCCAUGCAGAAUGUUCUGCUUCAGAUGGGGCUGCACGUGCUGGCAGUGAACGGCAUGCUGAUCCGAGAGGCCCGGAGCUACAUCUUACGCUGUCAUGGCUGCUUCAAGACGACGUCGGACAUGAACCGAGUGUUCUGUGGGCAUUGUGGGAACAAGACCCUGAAGAAAGUGUCUGUGACUGUCAAUGACGAUGGUACCUUACACAUGCAUUUCUCCCAAAACCCCAAGGUGCUGAACCCUCGAGGCCUCCGGUACUCGCUGCCCACGCCCAAAGGAGGCAAAUAUGCCAUCAACCCCCACCUGACCGAGGAUCAGCGCUUCCCCCAGCUACGACUCUCCCACAAGGCCAGGCAGAAGACCAACGUGUUUGACCCUGGCUACAUAGCUGGGGUGUCUCCCUUCGUGGAGAAUGACAUCUCCAGCCGCUCAGCCACCCUGCAGGUCCGGGACAGCACCUUGGGAGCUGGGCGGAGACGCUUAAAUCCCAAUGCUUCCAGAAAGAAGUUUGUAAAGAAAAGGUGACAUUGCAAGCCAUGUAGGCAAAGCAGAUUGCAGCUGGCUGCUGAGGAGGCCUGGAGUAUCGACCCCAGUGUGUGGGCUGCAAACCAUCUACACAGAAGCUGAAGUCCUGGCUUCUCCGGACCACCUCAGACUUUGUGCUGUGUGGGGUUACAGUGCAACAUGGCUGCCCUACCUGUGAGCAUCCAGAGCCAAGACUCGGCCAUGGGAAGGGGAGCUUGAAGCAGAAAGAAUGGUGCCCUGGAACAAACAUUGAACCUUAAGUUCAAAGGUAGAAAUAUCAAAUGGUAACCUUUUUCUAAUAAACCUGAUUGCCAGCCCA